AUGAUCACCUUCAUCUCCGGGAAAUUCCCGAGCACCAAGCACGGGCAGAUCUCAUCGCCCAAGAGGCUGUGCUGCAGCACGCUGGAAGGCCAGCACCAACACAUGCACGCACAGCACACCACUCUCGGGCACCACACCGUGACGCACGGCGCUUCGAUGGCCACCACCAGACACUACCACGACCUCCUGGGGCUGGCGCGCGGUGCCACGCAGGAGGCGAUAAGGAGGCAGUACCGGCGCCUCGCCCUCGCCGCCCACCCAGACAAGAACCCGCACGACGUGGCGGCGGCCACGGCAAGGUUCCAGCAGCUGCAGCUGGCGGUGCAGACUCUCUGCGACACCGACUCAAGGGCCGCCACCACGACGGUGGCCCUCACCUACACGGACGUGGCGGCAAGGGCCAAGGAGGAACAAGGGGAGAAGAGGAAGGUGGAGAAGGAGGAGGAGCAGGAGAGUGGAGCUGAUGUGCAGCUGACGGGCACAGCGGGGAACGCGUACAAGUGUGCCGAGCACUUCAUCUACCUCAUCUCCUGCGAGGAGUGCCACAGCGGCAUGACUCGCGAGGAGUGGCGGCGGCGCUACCGGGAGCUGCGGGAGCAUAGAGAGGAGCGGCUUGCCGAGCGGCGGGAACGAGUGCGGCAGCUCAACGCCGACAGGAUCGAGGCCGAGGAGCUUCCCCCGCGGCCUCGCAAGAUCAGGUUCAACCUGAAGGACGUCCCCAAACCCGUCAAGGACCGGGAGUUCCUGUACCGCCUCUACCAGCCCGAGGAAGUCGGCAUGGUGCAGCAGUGGCGCAGCCGCCUCGCCGAGCUCAACAACAACGAGGCGGCUUGGCGGCAGGAGCUGGACGCCCUGGCGGCCAGGCGAGGCUGGCGGGCCGAGGGCCUCGAGUACACGGAGCGGAGCUGUGACACUGUGUCCCAGUUCGUCCACGUCG